AUGGUGAUGGCCGAGCCCCGGCGGCCCCCGGCGCUGCUGCCCCGCGGGCUCGGGCCCGUCCGCGUCGGCUUCUACGACAUCGAGGGCACGCUGGGCAAGGGCAACUUCGCGGUGGUGAAGCUGGCGCGGCACCGCAUCACCCGCAGCGAGGUGGCAAUAAAAAUCAUUGACAAAUCUCAGCUGGAUGCUGUGAAUCUGGAGAAGAUCUACAGGGAGGUGCAGAUCAUGAAGAUGCUGGACCACCCACACAUCAUAAAACUCUACCAGGUGAUGGAGACCAAAAGCAUGCUGUACCUCGUGACAGAAUUUGCCAAAAAUGGGGAGAUUUUUGAUUACCUGGCCAGCCACGGGCGCCUGAGCGAGCCCGAGGCGCGGCGCAAGUUCUGGCAGAUCCUGUCCGCAGUGGAAUAUUGCCAUGGCAGGAAAAUCGUGCACAGGGACCUCAAAGCUGAGAACCUCCUGCUGGACAACAACAUGAACAUCAAAAUAGCAGAUUUCGGCUUUGGGAAUUUCUACAAGAGCGGGGAGCCUCUGACCACGUGGUGUGGGAGCCCCCCCUACGCAGCCCCAGAGGUCUUUGAAGGGCAGCAGUACGAGGGACCCCAGCUGGACAUCUGGAGCAUGGGGGUGGUGCUGUAUGUGCUGGUGUGUGGAGCCCUGCCCUUUGAUGGACCCACCCUGCCCAUCCUGAGGCAGAGGGUGCUGGAGGGGAGGUUCAGGAUCCCUUAUUUCAUGUCAGAAGAGUGUGAGCACCUGAUCAGGAGAAUGUUGGUCCUGGACCCCUCCAAACGUUUGAGCAUUGCUCAGAUCAAGGAGCACAAGUGGAUGCUGGUGGAGGUUCCUGCCCAGAGGCCAAUCCUGUACCCAGCAGGAGAGGAGAACCAGCCCUCCCUGGGGGAGUACAACGAGCAGGUGCUGAGGCUGAUGCACAGCCUGGGCAUAGACCAGCAGAAAACGGUGGAGUCCCUGCAGAACAAGAGCUACAACCACUUUGCUGCCAUCUAUUACCUGCUGGUGGAGAGGCUGAAGUCGCACAGGAGCAGCUUCCCCGUGGAGCAGCGCGUGGACGCGCGCCAGCGCCGGCCCAGCACCAUCGCCGAGCAGACCGUGGCCAAGGCCCAGGCCGUGGUGCCCUCGGUGAACCUGCAUUCCCCAAACCCAAGGCUGCUGCAGUCUCCAGGGCUCCCCUCAGCCUCAGGAGCAGAAACCUUUUCCUUCCCUCCCUCCAGCUGCCAGGGAGAGGCAGCUUUUAUGGAGGAGGAAAGGGUUGAGACACCAAAGGUGAAUGGCUGCCUGCUGGACCCCGUGCCCCCCGUGGUGAUGAGGAAAGGAUGCCAGUCCCUGCCCUCCAGCAUGAUGGAAACCUCCAUUGAUGAAGGGAUCGAGGCAGAAGGAGAGGCAGAGGAGGACCCGGCCCAGGCCUUCGCUGCCCUGCAGGCGGCUCGAGGGGGCAAGAGGAGGCACACCCUGGCUGAGGUCACCAACCAGCUGGUGAUGGUGCCAGGCACAGGGAAGGUCUAUUCCUUGGAUGAGAACUCCUCGCUGGGCAGCAUCGACUCGGAGUACGACAUGGGCUCCGUGCAGAGGGACCUCAAAUUCCUGGGCGAGACCCCUUCCCUGAAGGAGAUGGUGCUGAGCAGCCAGCAGCCCCCAGGGGUGACCUCCCCCUUCCUGGGGCUCAGGCCUGCCAACCCAGCCAUGCAGGUCCUGAGCUGCCAGAAACGAGAGGCUCACAACCGCUCCCCCGUCAGCUUCCGCGAGGGCCGCCGCGCCUCCGACACCUCCCUCACACAAGGAAUUGUAGCAUUUAGGCAGCACCUCCAGAACCUGGCACGAACCAAAGGAAUCCUGGAGCUGAACAAAGUGCAGCUGCUGUAUGAGCAGAUGGGAUCAGAGGAAGAGCCUUCCCUGACAUCAGCUGCCACCCAGCUGCAGGACCUCAUUAACAGCCCUGCACAGCAGCAGCAGCAGCAGCAGCAGGAGGCUCCAGCUGCUUUCCCCAGUGGUGCACAGCCCCCGCUGCUGGCCCGAAGGCAGAGCCUGGAGACUCAGUACCUGAAACACCGGCUGCAGAAGCCCACUCUGCUCUCCAAAGCUCCCAACACCUGCCAGCUCUACUGCAAGGAGCUGCCCCGGAGUCUGGAACAGCAGCUCCAGGAGCACAGGCUGCACCAGAAGAGGCUGUUCCUGCAGAAGCAGUCCCAGCUGCAGGCCUACUUUAACCAGAUGCAGAUAGCGGAGAGCUCGUACCCCCGGGCCAGCCCUCUGCCCCUGCCCUGCCCGGAGGAGCUGCAGCCCCAGCAGCCCCAGCAGCAGCCCCAGCAGCCCCAGCAGCAGCAGCAGCCAGCCCAGUUCAGCCUGCAGCAGCCCCUGAGCCCCGUGCUGGAGCCCUCCUCGGGCCAGCUGCGCUUCGAGCCCUUCCUCAGGCAGUUCCCCAAGGUGCAGCUGGAGCCCAGCCCGGGGCAGGCCCAGCCAGCACAGCCCCUCCCGUUCCCCUACCAGACUUGUGAGCUGCCUGCUGUCCCCUCUGCCCCCCAGAGCCCCGGGGCACUGCCUGAGAGCCAGAGCAGCUCUGCAGAGGCUCAGCCCAGCUACGACUCCCUGCCCCUGCCGGAGCUGCCUGGACUCUUUGAUUGUGAGAUGAUGGAGGCUGUGGAUCCCCAGCACAGUGGCUAUGUCCUGGUCAAUUAGCACCCAGGGCACGCUGGAAGGACACAAGGAGAAGCAUGUGAAUUUUUUGGUUGGUUUUUGGUUGUUUUUUUUUUUUCCCAUCCUGUUCCUACC